AUGGGAGCACAGGCAUCAAGACCAUCCUUAACUGAUAUAACGCCGGACAUUAAGUUUGAUGCAUCAGAAGAAACAAUCAGACAAUUAGGAGGUGUUGAGACAGAUUUUUCGAAGAGAGAGGACGCUGAAAGAUUCAUAGAAGGUAAAGUCUCGGAAAGAUUGCUUCAACUCGAGAGAGAAACUUUAAAAGAAUUCGAAGAUAAAUUGGAUAAAUCUUUAUUGUUAACAGAUGUUGAUGUUGGAACUCUAUCUUCCAAAUCAUUGGAUGAGAAAAUGGAUGCAUUAAAUAUGAAGAUCGAUCUUUAUAAACAAUUAGAUUCUGAUAAAAGAAAGGAUUUCACAGAAAAGGAUAAGGAAAAUAUAGAACAAAAGCUUACAGAAUGUUUAUUAAAGAAUAAAGGGAAACCAUUAAAUUGUUUCGAACUUAUGGAACAAUUUAAAAAAUUAACAUCAGAUUAA